ACACUAUGUUUUCCCCUGGAAAGAAGAGCCCCUGGUGGGUCAGGCCAGGGGUCGAGGCUAGAGCAGCUCCCCGUGUCCCUUUUCACUGCAGCUGGCGGAGGAUUUUACAACCUAGAAGUGCGCAGGAAUGUUCACGUCUUGGUUUUCUGUGGGACAAGAUGUUUUAUUGCACGGACGCCAUUUCUCUCUCUCCUUGUUUGGCAGCUAUGCAGUGUGGCAACAAACGUUUGCAGAGUGGUAUAAAGAAGAUGAAGAAGAGAAGGAAAGGUUUCUUAAACAGACUAACAGGAGACCAAACAGCAGCGAGCCAGUAGCAGAGGACAUCACAGUUUCAAUUGCAAAGUCAGAUGGUGAUGACCCCAAAACAGACGUUCAUGCUGAAAGAAAAACUACACGUUUCAACCAGAGGACACCCGGCACCUCCUUAGAAACUGGUAACUCGCCUGAUGACAACUCGCUCCAGCUUGAAUGUGCUUUUCCUGGUGUCAAGGCUGUCACUGCUGAUGAUGGAGUGAAGAAGAGUGUCAUAGGAAAGAGCGGCGAGGACAACGGAGAGGGACACCUGGACUAUCACAUCGGCCUUGUGAUGAAAGAAAGAUAUGAGGUGGUGUCCACACUGGGAGUAGGAGCCUUUGGAAAGGUUGUGGAGUGUAUCGAUAGAGACAAAAAGGACCAUGUGGCUGUGAAGAUUGUGAGGAACACCGAGUGUUUCCGUGAAGUAGCAAGGUCUGAGAUCGCUGUGCUGGAGGACAUCAACAUCCUGGAUGAUGACAACAGAUUUUCCUGUGUGAGGAUGCUGGACUGGUUUGAGCACAACGGUCACAUCUGCAUCGUGUUUGAGCUGCUCGGCCUCAGCACCUUUGAAUUUCUCCGACAGAACAAGUUCCUGCCGUACAGUGUGGAGCAGAUAAGACACAUGGCAUUCCAGAUCUUCAGAGCCGUCUGCUUCCUGCAUCGUAACAAACUGACCCACACAGACCUGAAGCCAGAGAACAUCUUGUUUGUCUGCUCUGACUACGACCUGGAGUACAACGAUGUGAUGAAGUGUGAGGAGAGGAAAGUGAGGUGUUGUAAUGUGAAAGUGGUGGAUUUUGGCACCGCAAAAUUUGAUGAUGAAGACCAUGAAUCUGAGGUAUCAACACGCCAUUACCGAGCUCCAGAGGUUAUACUGGGUCUGGGCUGGAACCAGUCUUGUGACGUUUGGAGUUUGGGCUGUGUCCUAAUGGAGUUUUACCUGGGACGUACACUCUUCCAGACCCAUGACAGUAAGGAACAUCUGGCCAUGAUGGAGAAAAUCCUGGGACCAAUUCCCCCCCACCUGCUGAAACAGACCAGAAAGCAGCAUUACGUGCACAACGGGCGUCUGAACUGGGACGAGACGAGCUCUACUGACGACUACAUCUGCAAACACUGUAUACCUCUCAAGCAGUCCAUGGGCAAGAAGAGCGAGGAGGAGAGUCAGCUGUUUGACCUACUCAGCAGCAUGUUGGAGUACGACGUCUAUAGACGGAUCACUCUGGAGGAGGCACUAUGGCACCCGUUCUUCAGCCCGCUGAAGAUGCAGAAGCCGCGCAGCUAACACACACAUAAACACACACACACUCAACAUAUGCCUCAGGCUGUUAAUCAGUGCAGUUACUAGAUUGUUUGGGUUUGUAGUUCUGAGUUGAUGAGUUGAAGAUUUCUUGUUUCAUUAACAGUCAUAACAGUUCUACAGAGCAUUCCUUUCUACUUGAAAUCAAUUUGCAAACAUGCUAUCAUCAUCCAUUUGCAUGUUACUGUAAAGAAAGCCAAGUGUACUGCAGAGUAUUUUAUUGUGUUAUUCCUUUAGUGAUUCAUAGUCAUUGUUGUCAGCAGUUUGUUAAAGGACAAAUCCGGUGCAAAAUGACCCUAGGGGUUAAUAUUGUCUACCGAGUUCAACCGUUCUCUGGGAUUUGUUUUCAAGGUAAUCAAAUGGGAAUCACAAACCGCUAAUUACCUUAUAAUGCUAGUCGUCGGGGCACAGGUAAAGAAAUCGCUAUUCUGUACCAAUAACCACACACCUCCUCCGCAGAGUCUUCUUCUUUCACAACCAACUCUUUCUCUCAGGACAAUGUAAACAGUGUUAAACACAAACAUACAUACAUACUAGGCUCGUUCGAGAUGAACUGUGCCUCGCCUGUAAAGGGGACAAGAGCAGGUGGCAGCAGCCGGGGGUGGUGACAAAAAUCUUUUCCAGACAAUUUCAGCAGCCUUUAGGCUGAACAGGAAGUGAUAGAAACACUGUAGUGUGGUUCUGGUUUAAUAAAAAUGUUAUCAGACCCCGUAUAUCAACAUGUACACAGUCUCCAGUUGUUUCAAUUAUGACAGAGUAUUUGUCAAAAUGCUCUGCAUGUGAUCUGUUGCUGAGUUUAAUAAACCAUACACUGUAGAUGAUCUGUGAUCUGAAUAGAUUUAGUCUCUCUGACUUCUAAAUCUAUCAGCCACAUACGGU